CUCGCCAAGACUAUUCUUUCCCCCAGGGUGUGACAAGGUGGUAUCAGAGCCCUGUCUUGGCACAAUGGCGGCGACUCGAGGAGAUUCGCGAUAUGCUUCACGGAAUUCUUCCUCUUGGGCCGGUGGAGGCAACUGUCGGCGCGGUUGCGCCGCUGGAGGAUCAGAUUGGCGCUGAGGGCAUUUUGCCUCUUCCACAGAAUCAUCGAGUCGCUGAGCGGGAGCCCUUUCAAGCUGCUCCAGCCCGAGGUAAUGCUCAUUUUCUUCCCCGAUUAGAAUUUCCCUCUUUCGAUGGUGAAUCUCCUCGAGAAUGGAUUAGCAAAUGCGACAAAUUGUUUGAGACCUAUGCAAUCCCUAAUGACCAGAAGGUAAAUUUGGCUGUGCUCGGUUUUGAGCAACGGGCUGUUGUCUGGUUUAAAGGUUGGAAUUAUGGCAAACGUGAAUUACUGUGGGAGGAUUUUGUGGUUGCUGUGUGUCAGAGAUUUGGUAAUCGUACUUAUGGGGGUGUGGUAGCUGCAUUCAAUAAACUUAGGCAGCGAGGCUCUUUGACUGAGUAUCAAGAGAAGUUUGAGGAGUUGAGGUCCCUCAUGUCGCAAUUCAACCCAGCCUUGGACGAGAUUUUUUUCAUUAGCAGCUUUAUCAAUGGAUUGGAGCAGGAGUUGCGGCUAGCCAUGUCCAUGAUGCAGCCCCAAACAUUAGCUGAAGCUUAUCAGCAAGCUCGGUUGGAGGAAGUUGCCAUCGAGACUUGCAAAAGGAAGAAGCAAUCUCAUCUUGGUGAUUACUUAGAAAUGGAUGGGGAUACAAGGGCUGUGACUGUUGAAUCCUUUCUUUCUCCUAACAGGGUUGAUGGGAAUGGUGGUUUACUUGCUGAAAAAGAAUAUAUUCCUAUUGUGACACCUGGCUCAACUGUAAAAGAACCUGGGCUGUUUUAUUCGGAGUUGCAAGGUGUUUCAAACAAGCAUAUGGAAGUGGCUGGAUAUGUAUAUGAGGAUGGCAGGUUGGAUGGCUGUUUUGUCUUGGUUCAGCCUCAAGGGAGAGGUACUGGCUUUGAUUUCAAAGAGCCAUUUAAGGAGCUGUGUUGGACUGUAAUUCCUUUCCUUGACAGGCUGACUCACAAAGGCAUGAAGCAUAGAGCAGAGUUCCUAUAUGGGCAACCACUUGAUCAAUCCAAUGUAAUGCUUUCAGGAAACGAUUGCAUUGUGAAAAUUCCUAUCUUGGGUUUGACUUGCACCAUGGUGGAGAAUACAGUCGUGAGUAAUGUUCCACUUAUGGUGGUGAAGAAUCGGGCAUUUUUUCAGCAACCACGAUUAGUUCAGGUUGAUGAUUAUAGUUUGGAGUCUGUUUCUUCCGGGUUUGGGAGUUCUAAUGGGGUGGAUAAGGUUGUUCUGACAAUGGAUGCUACUGACUUGAAUCAGCUUGGGUUUACUGCAGCAGCUAUUAUACCAAGGGAAUUGUGGCUGCUGCUGUACUAUUUCAGAACAAGCACGAUCACCUCACGCAAUUCACAGAUGUUGCUGGUUUGGACAUUGGAGAACGCAAUUAAGCCGGGUAAGUGGGGAAUCUGCAGUUUCCUGAAGGCUGCCAGUGUGGAGGCAUGCUUCUCAUAUAAGGGGUAUGAGCUUACAUCUGAAUCAGUGGGAUGCAAGGGAAAACCGAGGCAUGGCUAUUGGGGUUAUGGGUAUCGGGUUUUCCCUACUUACUAUGGAGUUUGUGUAUUUUCUCGCGGAAGGGGAAAGUGUCCUGACUUCAGGGAGCCCUAUAAAGAUCGAAACAUAAGUCAGGGCAGUGUUUGUGGUUGUCUGUAUUGCAGAUGGCAGGCCAUUGGAGCUGGUUGUUGUGGUAUUGUAGAUGGCUGGCAACUUAUUAGACACUCUCUGGGAUAAAUGGAGCAUGUUGGUUGGUUGAAGAGCAUUCCUAUAUGCCAAUCCAUUCUGCAUCUCAUUUCCUUUUGUUUAGUAUAAAUUUCUUUGCUAUAUCAUGUCUUGAGUUGGUUUUGAUUUUCAGAUGAUUCUCAGCCUUGAGGACAAGGCUGUUGUUAAGGAGUGGGGAUUGUAACGACAGGGGUUUAGUUGUAACAAGGGUUUAGUUGGUGGGUCUUUUUGUAAUUGUGCGACUCCUAUAAAAGGAAGUCUGUGUUGUAAUGGAAGAGAUAGGAAAUAACAGAAUCAUUUUACUACUCUUCUUCUCUGCUCUCUCUCGACCUAUUCUUCUUCUUCCCCAAGCUUCUGCAUCUGUUCUUCCUGUUCUGACUCCACUUUCUUCCCCUUCUUCUCUGUUCUUAUCCCUAUUUCCCAGCUCUUCUCUGUAAUCCGUCUUCUUUUCCAGGAAUUACACUCGCCAAGACUAUUCUUUCCCCCAUGGUGUGACAGACUGAGCCGGCGAUCUUUGUAGACUGUAGUUACCU